GCUCAAACGCCUUUCACAUGAACCACUGGCGACCCGCGACUCGCGUCCUGCUUACAUACAAGUGCUCGGACGUGUUCAGGCCGGGGGGAUACGGAGGUACAUGUGUACAUCCCAGAGACUUACCCCACCGUAGCUACCCCUCUGACGUGACCCUGUUGGGUGCCUUGCCAGACAGACACCCAGGCAAGCUCACAAACAAGUCCACUGCCCGCCACCUCCUCAAGUGCCGUCUGUCCGUUUCAAACAAGCCAAAUCGUCUUCCACAACCUUCCAGACCCGGCCAUCAGGUCUCCUUCAAGUGAGCGCCCCGGAUCGGAGUUGAGGACACGCCACCUCGCCCUUGCCCUAUCUUCCGAUCUCGCACAAUCUUACAUCUUUACCUUGUAUCAUUCAUCACCCUAUUCGCGACAGAAUGGCGCAAUCGGAUCUCGACGCCCUGUUGGAAAUGGGGUUCGAGAAGGCUCGCGCCGAGCUGGCCAUCAAGAAAUCCGGCGGGCUGCAAGGCGCACUCGAGUGGCUCGAGAAGAACCAAGACACCCCGAUCGAGGAGCUUGAGGCUCCCCAAGAUGACGAUGAAGCAGCCACACAGGCGGCGAUCAAGGGUCUUGAGGAGGGCCAGCUUGCGAAGUCCCUCGCCUGCGAUGACUGCGGCAAGAAGUUCAGGACAACAGCCCUCGCCGAGUUCCAUGCCUCCAAGACAGGCCACGAGAACUUCUCCGAGUCGACUGAGGAACUCAAGCCUCUGACUGAAGAAGAGAAGAAGCAGAAGCUCGACGAGAUGCGAGCCGCCCUUGCCGAGAAGAGAGCCAGACAGGCCGUCACCGACAAGGAGGAGCAGAAGCGCAACGACAAAAUCAAGGCCAAGGCCACAAGGGAGACCCAGGACGCCAAGGAGGAGCUCCAACGCAGGGAGCAGAUCAAGGAGGCCGCACGCAAGCGCCAGGAGAAGAUCGACGACCUUGAAGCCAAGAAGCGCAUCAAGGCGAAGAUCGAGGCGGACAAGGAAGAGCGGAGGCGCAAAGCUGAGGAGGCCAAGGCCGCCCGGGAGGGAAAGGCGCCGCCAGCUGCCGCAGAGCCCGCUGCCGCAGCCGCUCCGGCACAGCCCAAGCCAAGCGCGAGCUACACCGACGCGAGACUGAGGCUACAGACCCCCGGCGGAGUGCUGCAGAAGAACUUCCCAGCGGAGACGACCCUGUUUGAGGUGGCACAGGCGAUCGAGGCGGAGCAGGGAGGCGCGGUGGCCAGCUUUACCUUGACUUUUCCCCGGAAGACUUUUGAGGCGGGCGUUGACUUCGGCCAAACUCUUCGGGAGGUGGGACUCGUUCCCAGCGGCGUGCUCAUCGUCAAGUAGGUAUCGGGGCCGGGUUGGGAGGAGUAUGUGCGAGACCCACCAUGGCGUCAGGCAAGAAGUCGAGAAAGGAGCAUAGAUGAGAUGCUACAUAAUCUGGAUCUUGAUGGAAACUAGUGAUGGCCAAAAGCGCUUGGAUUUCAUGAGAUUAAGAGGUUAGCGUUCCGCACCAGAGCCAUGGUGGAACUUGUGGUCAUCACGUCAACAUUGUUACUAUGGGCCGGGGGGGGGGGCUGUUAUGAACUUCAAAGCUACAUCAUGAAAGCAGCGCGAGCUGUUUAUCGAGCAUUUUAAGUGGGGGGACCGGCAGGCCCCAAC